AGCCGCCGCCAGCCGCUGUGCCGUCUCGCGUCUCUUUGCUGCGCGACCGCUUGGACUGGGUGCUUAUGGUCGUUGGAUCUCUCGCCGCGGCUGCCCAUGGGACUGCUCUCGUUGUGUACUUGCACUACUUUGCAAAGAUCGUUCAGGUCCUUGGCAUCGGCUCUGGGCCUUCCACAGAGAGAUCGGAGGAGCAAUUCGAACGAUUCAUGGAGCUUGCUUUAAUAAUUGUCUAUAUAGCUGUGGGCGUUUUUGUUGCUGGUUGGAUUGAGGUUUCGUGCUGGAUAUUGACCGGAGAACGGCAGACUGCUGUCAUCAGGUCAAGAUAUGUACAAGUACUGCUGAACCAGGAUAUGAGUUUCUUCGAUACCUAUGGUAACAAUGGGGACAUUGUGAGCCAAGUCUUGAGCGAUGUGCUGCUCAUUCAGUCUGCUCUUAGCGAAAAAGUUGGGAAUUAUAUCCAUAACAUGGCUACAUUUUUUAGUGGUCUUGUUAUUGGAUUUGUCAACUGCUGGCAAAUUGCACUUAUAACAUUAGCCACUGGUCCAUUCAUUGUUGCUGCUGGAGGCAUAUCAAACAUUUUUCUUCACAGGCUUGCAGAGAAUAUUCAAGAUGCAUAUGCUGAAGCAGCUAGCAUUGCUGAACAGGCAGUGUCAUAUAUUAGGACUUUGUAUGCAUUUACAAAUGAAACUUUGGCCAAAUAUUCUUAUGCUACCUCACUUCAAGCAACUUUGAGAUAUGGUAUAAUGAUUAGUCUUGUGCAAGGACUUGGGCUUGGAUUUACGUAUGGGCUUGCGAUAUGUUCUUGUGCGCUACAACUCUGGGUUGGAAGGUUCCUGGUUACUCAUCACAAAGUUCAUGGUGGUGAAAUCAUAACAGCCCUAUUUGCUGUAAUUUUAAGUGGCCUGGGGCUUAAUCAAGCAGCAACAAACUUCUAUUCAUUUGAUCAAGGGCGAAUUGCUGCCUAUAGACUCUUUGAGAUGAUAAGUCGUUCAUCCUCUGCAGCUAAUCAGGAGGGAAUCACCCUAUCUUCUGUGCAAGGAAAUAUUGAGUUUCGAAAUGUGUAUUUCAGCUAUUUGUCCCGACCUGAAAUCCCUAUCUUGAGUGGAUUUUACCUUACUGUACCGGCUAAAAGAGCUGUUGCUCUUGUUGGUAGAAACGGCUCGGGAAAAAGCAGCAUCAUCCCGCUUAUGGAGCGAUUUUAUGAUCCUACAUUAGGUAGUUUGGCCAUGUUACCUAAACUUGAUGUUCAGUCUGCAAAAAGGCAGAAAUCUAAUGGUUCAGAUCCUGAAUCUCCUAUAUCACCACUUUUGACAUCUGAUCCUAAAAAUGAACGUUCUCAUUCACAGACAUUUAGUCGUCCCCAUAGUCACUCUGAUGAUGUUCCUGUGAAAGUUAGGGAAGUGAAAGGUGCACGGAAUAAGGAAGCACCAUCAUUUUGGAGGCUAGCAGAGCUUAGUUUUGCAGAAUGGCUUUAUGCUGUGUUAGGAAGCAUUGGUGCUGCUAUCUUUGGUUCUUUCAAUCCACUUCUAGCUUAUGUUAUUUCUUUGAUAGUAACAGCAUAUUAUCGGGGAGAGGAGCGACAUCACUUGCAGCAGGAAGUAGAUAAAUGGUGCUUGAUCAUCGCAUGCAUGGGGUUAGUGACGGUUGUUGCUAAUUUUUUGCAACACUUCUACUUUGGUAUUAUGGGAGAGAAAAUGACAGAAAGAGUACGGAGAAUGAUGUUCUCAGCUAUGCUGCGUAAUGAAGUUGGAUGGUUUGAUGAAGAAGAGAAUAGUGCUGACACAUUAUCAAUGCGCCUGGCUAAUGAUGCUACAUUUGUGCGAGCUGCUUUUAGUACCGGCUUUCAUAUUUAUACAGGACAAAAUUCUGGCUUGCUGGAUUUUCAAGGGGUAUCCAUUCUUUCACAAAAGAAAGCCUCGUUGGUCCUUGAGGAUGCAGUUAGAAACAUUUACACAGUAGUUGCAUUCUGUGCUGGCAACAAGGUAAUGGAGCUCUACAGAUUGCAGUUAAAGAUAAUAUUCAGGCAGAGCUUUUUACAUGGAAUGGCGAUUGGGUUUGCAUUUGGCUUUUCUCAGUUUCUUCUUUUUGCCUGCAAUGCUCUACUCCUUUGGUAUACAGCAAUUUCUGUUAAAAAUGGCCACACAAAUCUUCCUACAGCUCUCAAGGAGUAUAUGGUUUUUUCUUUUGCAACAUUUGCACUGGUGGAGCCUUUUGGUUUAGCCCCAUAUAUACUAAAACGACGCAAGUCCCUUACUUCAGUCUUUGAAAUCAUAGAUCGAGUGCCUAGGAUUGAACCUGAUGAUAACUCAGCAUUGAAGCCCCCUAAUGUUUAUGGAAGCAUUGAGUUGAAAAAUGUUGACUUCUGUUACCCAACUCGUCUGGAGGUGUUGGUAUUGAGUAAUUUCAGUCUCAAAGUUAAUGGGGGACAAACAGUAGCUGUGGUGGGAGUUUCUGGGUCUGGGAAGAGUACCAUUAUAUCUUUGAUUGAGAGAUUUUAUGAUCCAGUUGCUGGUCAGGUUCUACUGGAUGGACGAGAUUUAAAACUAUAUAACCUGAGAUGGUUGAGGAAUCACUUGGGUCUUGUUCAGCAGGAGCCAAUUAUGUUCUCUACGACCAUCAGGGAAAAUAUUAUAUAUGCUAGGCAUAAUGCUAGUGAAGCUGAGAUGAAAGAGGCUGCUAGAAUAGCAAAUGCACACCAUUUCAUAAGCAGCCUGCCUCAUGGUUAUGAUACUCAUGUUGGUAUGAGAGGUGUGGAUCUAACCCCAGGACAGAAGCAGAGGAUUGCUAUUGCUAGGGUGGUGUUGAAAAAUGCUCCCAUCCUGUUACUGGACGAAGCCAGCUCAUCAAUUGAAUCUGAGUCAAGCCGGGUGGUGCAGGAGGCUCUUGAUACUUUGAUAAUGGGGAAUAAAACAACCAUUCUGAUAGCCCAUAGAGCAGCAAUGAUGAGGCAUGUUGACAACAUUGUAGUGCUCAAUGGAGGUCGAAUUGUGGAGGAAGGGACUCAUGAUUCUUUAGUGGCAAAGAACGGCUUGUAUGUCCGUUUGAUGCAGCCCCAUUUUGGAAAGGGUUUGCGUCAGCAUCGGUUGGUGUAGGUUGGCCUUGUAGUUGCUUGGAACUUACAUUUGGUUCCUUGUAUAGUACCCAUAUACUCUUUCUGAAGUUCUGGAAAUGUUGACAUUUGACACCAGAUGUGUCAUCUAGAGUAUAUAUUGAUCAAGUUUCUAGCUUCCAGAACCUGCAAGGGGUAAUGAAAUUGAGAUGAGACAUGUAAGAAUAUCGAUACUGGUUGGAUGGAGAUGCAGAAAGCAGCAAGAGGAGAUGCAUUGUUAGUCGUAGGUCUUAGAAGAAGGGAUUUUGGGGUCUAGUUGGCCGUUGUUGGUUAGACGCAUAUUCUUUUUGGGGGCAAGCAUCAUUAGAUUGGGUUGUGCUGUCUCCAAUGGUAUAUUGAUUUGUUUAAGCAGUAACAGGGUGAUGAUAAUUCUUGUUCAACUAAGGUGUGCUUUUUUGUUUUCCCCUCUCUCUACAGUUUUCUGUCCUUUUCCUGUAUUUUAAUGUGAUCUCUCUCUCACCGAUCUUAGUUAUGAAUGUUUGUUGUAUAUUUUUGAUAAUGUGAAACUAAACAACUGAAGAAAGUUUAGAAGAGGAAAGUAAGGGAGGCUGUUUGUUGUAACUUUUUUGUAAAUAUGUACUCAGGAUAAUUUACAAGCUGUUUACCAAAAACCAGGUAGUUUUGAUGCUUAAAUAUAAUCCCAUAGAGUGAUUGCUUUUGAAA